GAAGAGGAGUCGCCAGCAGCGCCGGCUCUGCGGCGCAACGCCUCAGAGCCGCUUUCUGGCUUCGGCAGGCGCAUGCUCGCGGAUCUGGACGAGUCGAGCGAUUCGGAGCUCAGCACCUCCAGCAACGGGAGCCGAAGGUACCUUUGGCGGUCCGACUGCUCAGGCUCAGGGAGCUCCCGAACGCCGUCAGUUGACUCCACCUCUCGUGGGCUGCAUGAAGCAACUUCGUCGAGCCAGAAGUUCAAGGCACGGCCACCACCUGGCCCUCCCUCGGCCGCUCCCGGCCGGCGCCA